AUAAACGAAGUGUGCUUUCUUAUCGCAAUUUAAAUGCAGGAUACACGUUUUAAAUUAUUUUACAUCCCACAAAGUGAUUAAUAUUAUAACAAUACAAAUAGUAUUAUGUCUAUUACUCUCAGAGAAGAAGUAUAUAAAUAAAAUUAACAAAUUCAGCCAUAAUUAAUUGAUCUGUUAAAUAUUAUUUUUUAUUGGAAUUACUUCAUUAUAAGGGUUACACAAUGAAAAAGUUUUGGUCGUUCACAAUUAUACUCUUAUGGGUGUGUUCGAAUAAGGCAGAACUUCCCAAGGACCAUAACUGCGAAGCCAGGCCUAUGGCUUGGGAUAUUUUCUACUCUAUUCAAGAAGUAAAUUGUACAUAUAUAAAUUCGAAUAAUUUUGCGUCUAUAACAAAUAUGCUGAGAAACAGAUACGGACAAAUUGGGGUAUUAUAUAUAUCAAACGUAAAUAUUUCAGUACUGCUACCAUUCCAGACAACUGAAAUUAUGAAAAUAUUAAGUCUGACUAACGAUUUGAUUACGGACAUUGAUCCUACAUUUUUCAAUUCCUGUCCUCAACUUAGAGACUUAAACCUGGCUAGAAAUAACAUUUCUCAGAUAAAUGGUGGACUAUUCUACAAACUAAAUAACCUUGAAAAACUGAAUUUAUCUCAAAACGUUUUAAACGAUAUAGAUGGACAUUUGUUAUUAGGCAUAGAUCAUUUGAAAAUAUUAGAUUUGAGCGAGAAUAGGAUUGUAUUUUUACCUUCAAACAUUUUUUAUUCUCAAAGAUCACUCCGGAAACUUUACCUUAACAAUAAUUUAAUAACAACAUUAAGCACGGAUGUCUUCAAGAAUUUAGACCUAUCUUUCUUUAACUUAAAUGGUAAUAAACUUCAGGAAUUAAUUACAUCUACACAGAGUAUAAAAGUAAAAUGUUUAUAUAUGUCAAAUACAACUUUAGGAAACGAAAAAUUGCUAAGCUUUUCUCAGUUCUUUAACUCUUCUGUUCUAGAAGAAUUGGACGUUAGCUUUAACAACAUUUCAUCGUUAUAUUUUCAAACAUUUAAAAAUAUGAGUAACCUUACAGUGUUAUAUAUAAACGACAAUUUGUUAGAUUCAGUGGAAGAUUAUUCUAAGAAUAGCUGGUUUAAUAUAUUCAACACAAUGCCACGAUUGAGAAACGUUUCCUUAGACAACAACAUGUGGAAUUGUCAUGAUUUAAAAGAAGUUCUACAUAUUCUCACAGCAAAGCAAGUAUAUGUAGCUCGUGGAAAUCAUUUUAACGAAAGCAAUAUGUUGGGUAUACGUUGUAGAAUAAAUGACCAAAAAUAUAAUAUCAGUCUCUCGAAAGGAACAUUGGCAGACACAAAUUUCAAUGAAAAUAUAAGUCAAAUUUUGGAAAGGUUGUUAAAGAACGUCGAUGACGUAGUGGUGGACAUGAAGAAGAAGGAGAAUGAUACCAUGAAGCUUGGAAGUAAAAUUGAAAAUAUGUCCAAACGAAUAACCCAGCUUGAAUCUACUCGAAAUCAGACAACUUUAGAAAUUCUCAAAAACGUAACUAAGGAAAUAGAAAAAAAUAACAGGAAUUUAGAGCAACAAAACAACUUAAAGAAAGCUAUUGAAGACUUGCAAAAUUUCAAAAAAGAGAUGACACAAAAUUCAAUAUUAGAUACUAAAGAAAAAGCAGGUGAAGCUAAUGCAUCAAAUUUCGAAAAAAAAUUAAAUCAGAUUCGUUCAAUUAUACCAAAAAUGAAUUCAACUUAUACCGAUACAAGUAAUAGUCAAUUAUCUGAAUUAGAUAAAUUGUUGCUUGAAAGAUUUAACAAGGAAGAUAACAAUUUUGGAGAAAUUUUCACUAUUUUUUUAUUGUCUUCAAUUGCUUGUAUGCUGGCUUAUUUUUGCUAUUUUAUUUACAAACAAAAAUUUAUUGUGAAUCAGAAUCAGAGAGAACAAAUAAACCUUGUAUAGACAGACAUUGUAUCAUGUACCGUAUGAUCGAAAAAAAUGGCGUCCAGUUGGCUGGGAA